AAGGAGUCAGUCAAAACCCAAAACCUUCCGAGCCACAAUACAGAUUUUUCUAAUAAUUAAAAGAUAUAAAGGGAAGAAAUAAAUCUACCUUUUUUUACUGUCUCCGAGAAGAUCUCUCUCUGCUGUUCUUCCUUCCCCAUAAACCAAAAGAGAGGGGAAAAAAGAAGAAAGAAAGCAAGGAGCACCGCACCACUCCACUCCACUUCCCUCCUCGAUCCAGCCAUGGCGGCCUAGGCCCCCUAGGGUUCCCUGUCAGCCCCCACCCAGGCGCCUCCUGCCGCUUCCUCCGCUCCCACCCGGUGGUCGCGCUGCCCGAUUCGGCCGCCGGCGUCGAAUGGGAGGCGACCCGAUGCUCGAAGCCGGCCGUUGCCGCGCGCUGCCGACGGAGAUUCCCUGAGCUCGGCGGCGGGUUCCCGUGCUCGCCGAGCGAUGACUCUCGGCGCCGGCGCUGCCCAAGGCACUGGGUCUAGGGCGCGUGGCUGGUUGGGAGCGCGCCGUGCGUGCAAUGGGGGAUUUAAGGCGGUUCUGUAGAGUCGCCGCGGCGGUCUUGGUUCUGCGAGCGCGUGGCCUGCGCUCGUGAAGGUAGGGCUGUCUAGCUGCUCCUUCGUCUGAUGAGCUCAGCUUCUGCGUCCCGCCUCGUUUUGUGCCCGCGUUUGCUCCGGCGGCUGCCCAAAGCCCAGCGGAUCGGGCCCUGCUCAUUUCGGCGCUUCUCUUCGGUUCUUUGUGGAAAGGGAGGAGCUGUGAGGUGUUGCUUGGCGAGGGUGCGCAGCUGAGGAUUCCGGGCAUGAGGUCAGCAAUGACGCGCAUUUGUCGCGACAGGCCGGAAUUCGAGUAGCGGUUUCUUGAAGUGGAUUGGCUGCUGCUGCGUGGGAAGGGGGAAGCGGCGGCAUCAACAGCCGCAGAGGAAGGCUUACUCUGAAGCGGAGGGGAAGCAGGCUGGCAUUGCUACUGGGAGCAUGGCGAGGUGCUAAGGACGUGCAGGUUCCGCAAUCACCGCAUCUUGGUGUUCUUGUUUCAGGUCGUAGUGGGAGAUGAACCUCUCACCGCCCAGGAUGUCGGAGCCAUCGCUUGAAAGUGACGGGGAACAAAGGUGUCUGAACUCGGAGCUAUGGCAUGCAUGCGCAGGGCCCCUUGUGUCCCUUCCUGUGGUUGGGAGCCGGGUCGUCUACUUUCCCCAGGGCCAUAGUGAGCAGGUUGCUGCAUCAACUAAUAAAGAAGUUGACGCUCAGAUCCCAAACUACCCAAACCUACCUCCACAAUUAAUCUGCCAGCUUCAUAAUGUCACAAUGCAUGCUGAUGCAGAGACUGGAGAGGUUUAUGCCCAGAUGACACUGCAACCAUUGAGCCCGGAAGAGCAAAAGGAACCUUUUCUUCCAAUUGAAUUGGGUGCUGGUAGCAACCAGCCAACUAAUUACUUCUGCAAGACGUUGACUGCAAGUGAUACGAGUACCCAUGGCGGGUUCUCUGUUCCACGCCGAGCAGCUGAGAAAGUCUUCCCCCCAUUGGAUUUUUCACAACACCCUCCAGUGCAAGAGCUGGUUGCAAGAGAUCUGCAUGAUAAUGAGUGGAAAUUCCGCCACAUUUUUCGUGGUCAGCCAAAAAGGCAUCUACUGACGACUGGUUGGAGUGUUUUUGUAAGCGCAAAAAGACUAGUAGCAGGGGAUUCUAUCAUAUUUAUCUGGAAUGAUAAUAACCAGCUUCUAUUGGGAAUUCGUCGAGCAAAUCGUCCACAGACUGUUAUGCCCUCUUCCGUGCUAUCAAGCGAUAGCAUGCACAUUGGUCUCCUUGCUGCAGCAGCUCAUGCUGCAGCCACAAACAGUCGUUUCACUAUUUUCUACAACCCCCGCCCUUCUGAGUUUGUGAUUCCACUGGCUAAGUAUGUGAAAGCUGUCUACCACACACGUGUGUCUGUUGGAAUGCGGUUUCGGAUGCUUUUUGAGACAGAGGAAUCAAGCGUCAGACGAUACAUGGGUACGAUCACAUGCAUAAGUGAUCUGGACUCAGAGCGUUGGCCAAAUUCACACUGGCGUUCUGUGAAGGUUGGUUGGGAUGAGUCUACAGCUGGUGAUAAACAGCCAAGAGUUUCACUCUGGGAGAUUGAACCACUGAUGGCCUUUCCGAUGUACCCAACUGCCUUUCCAUUAAGGCUAAAGCGUCCGUGGGCUUCAGGGCUACCUAUGUUCAAUGGUGGGAGGAGUGAUGAGUUCGCUCGUUAUUCUUCUCUCAUGUGGCUCCGAGAUGGAAACAGAGGGGCUCAAUCACUGAACUUCCAGGGACUUGGAGCAUCACCAUGGCUUCAACCAAGAAUAGAUUAUCCAUUAUUAGGUCUGAAGCUAGAUACUUACCAGCAGAUGGCUGCUGCUGCACUGGAAGAAAUUAGAGCUGGGGAUCAUUUGAAGCAGAUAUCUUCUCUCCUGCCAGUGCAACAGCCACAAAAUUUGAGUGGUGGAUUAGAUCCUUUAUAUGGAAAUCCUGUUCUGCAGCAGAUGCAGUUCCAAUCUCAGCAGUCAUCCUUGCAAGUUGUGCAGCAAGGUUAUGGUCCAAAUGCAAGCGACUCUGGGUUCCUUCAAAAUCAGCUGCAGCUGCAAAAGCAGCAGGAGCCACUACCACAGCAGCAGCAGCAAGCUCUGCAACAACAAUCGCAUCAGGAAAUGCAACAUCACCUCUCAGCUAGCUGUCAUGAUAUUGCUAAUGUAGCUUCUGGUGUGUCUGAGUCUGGAUCUGCUUCUCAAACAGAAUCUUCUUUGCUUUCUGGGUCAUCGUACCAACAGAUCUAUGAUGGAAACAGUGGUCCAGGUCUGCAUCUGCACAACGGUUUCCACAACUGUUCAAGCCAAGAGUCCUCCAACCUUCUUAAUCUCUCAAGAAGUGGACAAUUCAUGGCAUCAGAGGGAUGGCCUUUGAAGAGGUUGGCUGUGGAAUCUCUUUCUGGUCAUGAGCUCCAACCUGUGCAGCACAAGUUUGAGAAAGUGAAUCACCAAAGUAAUGUGUCUCACAUUUCUAGCACCUUGCCCCCACUGUCAGCAAGAGACAGUUAUAGUGCCCAGGCUAGUGGUACAAAUGAUCAGAGUCACCUGCUUUCAUCAUCAUUUGCAAUCCAUGAUGGCUUGACAGCCGUCAGGAGUGGUGGUGUUGGCAGUGGAACUGAUGCGAUAACCAUAGCUUCGUUGAGAUAUAAUGAUAUGAAUUUGCUACCUGAAAACCCCAUCGCAACUUCCAGUUGUUUGGGCGAAUCAGGAACCUUCAAUUCUCUCGACGAUGUGUGUGGUGUAAACCCAUCACAAGGUGGAACCUUUGUGAAGGUUUACAAAUCAGGGUCCCCUGGGAGAUCGCUCGACAUCACCAGGUUCAGCAGCUACUACGAGUUACGUAGCGAGCUCGAGCGGUUAUUUGGUCUUGAAGGCCAACUGGAGGACCCUGUAAGAUCAGGCUGGCAGCUUGUAUUCGUUGACCGGGAAAACGAUAUUCUUCUCGUCGGCGAUGACCCGUGGCAGGAGUUUGUGAAUAGUGUAUGGUGCAUAAAGAUCCUCUCGCCGCAAGACGUGCAGCAGAUGGUCCGCGGCGGAGGCGACCUUCUGUCUACAACUGGAGUGAGGACACUGCAGGGCAGUGUCUGCGAUGAUUAUUCUGCAGGCCACGACAUGCAGAAUCUCACCGGCAGCAUCGCACCUGUGGUGCCUCUGGACUACUGAGACCGAGAUGAAGACCAGAAACUGAAGUUCUGAACCAAAACCGGCAAUUCAGCACCGCAGGAUUGCCGUCCACGAGUCUUUUCGGUUCCUAUGAUCUAUCUUCUCUCAAGUUGUGUUGGUCAGAAAUAACCUAGUCGUUAAUAUAGCUAGAUCCAUUGUAUCAUUAUGGUAAUGGACAUGUUGUACGAUAGCUGUUGUAGCUACGUGUAGCCAUAGCCUAAGCUCUAAAUGGCAGGCAAGAAUUGGUCUAUGAAAGUAUGGAUGCAGGCACUCACUGUAGAGGUGACCUAGCCCUGUAGUUCUCUAUAUCUUCUCAUAUCUAAAAGCUGACGGUUCCAUGUGGCGCCUAAACUAUUGAACCCUGUCACCUUUGUCAUAUUUUUUUCACCUCAAUUCGCGGUUGUUUGAUCU